AGAACAAUGGGAAGCCCCUGCUGGUCCGUGAGGAGUCAUCUCUUAAUAUCCCAGCUAUUGCUGCUGCCCACGUUAUUAAGAGAUACGUUGCCCAGGCACCGGGUGAACUCUCCUUGGAGGUGGGAGACCUCGUGUGCGUCAUCGAGAUGCCGCCUCAGGAGCUGAGCCCCCGCUGGAGAGGCAAGCACGGCUUUCAGGUUGGAUUUUUCCCUGGUGAGUGUGUGGAGCUCAUUAACGGAAAAAUCCCGGAGUCUCUCAUCAAUUCAGUGCCAAAGCCAGUGCCAAAGAAGCGCGGCAAGCUCCUCACCUUCCUUCGUUCCGUGGUGAAGGCCCGCCCAAAGCAACGGAAAGAGCGGGAGGUGGAGAAGGAGAGGGUGUUUGGCCGUGACCUGGGAGAGCAUCUUCUUCACUCUGGUCGUGAUGUCCCCCAGGUCCUCCAGAGCUGCGCCGAGUUCAUCGAGCAGCAUGGCGUGGUGCAGGGGAUAUACCGCCUGUCCGGCGUGGCGUCCAACGUCCAGAGACUGCGCCAGGAAUUUGAGUCUGAGCAGGUUCCUGAGCUAACCGUCCGCGACGUUCACAGCGCGAGCUCCCUCUGCAAAAUGUACUUCAGGGAGCUCCUGACCCCCCUGCUGACUGACCAGCUGUACGACAAGUUCUCGGUAAGCACCAGGCAACGCCUUUCCUUUCCCUCUUCGCUGGGCCUCUUGGGAGAUGGCUGCAGCAGUGCCCCAGCUCUGAGGCCCUUCUUCUGUUAGCCCCAUGGGGUUUACUCGCAUGUCUUUGCCACAUCCUGCAUCAU